CACCUACCCUUUCGUUGUAUAGCACUAAAUUCUCUGAUACCUAACAAUCAAGUUCCAUACACUAUUAAUAGGGAUGAGAAUGAAAUAAUUGAUAAGAUAAACAUAUCACAAAGUCAAAGAGAGAAGGGGAUCCUCCACCAGAAGCAAAAGAAGGAGAAUUCAGAUCAGAAGAUUGGUAUUGGUGGAUUAUGGAAACGCGAAGAAUGUGUUGUUUGCAGUUAUUUUGCUUGAUUUUGAUCGGUUUGUUCGUUUCGGAGAUAUACUCAUCUUCUAGCAUUGUGAGCAACAUAAUCGACGAGUCAAUUGGUGAAUCGUUUGAGGAGAAUUGGAUUGUGUCUAAAACUGAAGACUAUUUAGCGAAGUCCAAAGAUAUUGUAGAAACGGAGAGCAAAGGGAUUCCAAAGAAACCAAGAUUUUUAUGCCUCCAUGGACAUGGCUCAAAUGCUACAUUACUUGAAGACCAUUUUAAAAACUGGCCAGAUUUUGUGCUUGAAAAAAUGGAUUUUGUAUUCAUUAAUGGUCCAUUCCCCGUAGAUGAUGGGCUAUUCGAGUGGUUCACCAGCGAUGAGGAUUUUGCCAACUUUGAGAACUUUGAUGAGGGCAUAGCAUACAUAGAAGAUCGCAUGAUAGAGCUUGGACCAUUCGAUGGCGUGCUUGGUUUUUCUCAGGGAGCCGUAGUAGCAGGUGUAUUACCCGGAAUGCAGGCACAAGGUGUAUGUCUCACAAAAGUUGGAAAAAUCGAGCAUGUUAUUAUUAUAUCGGGGGCUAAACUAGGAGGGAGGAUGUUUCCCAUGCCCAAGCUCGCUGAAACUGCGUUCUCUUCUCCAAUAAACAUUCCUUCGCUCCAUAUUUUUGGUGAGACUGACAUUGCAAGGCUAAAUGCACUAGAACUCGUGGAAGCAUAUGUUGACCCUCUUGUGAUAUUCCACCGUGGUGGUCAUGAGGUUCCAAAAUUAGAUGAAGAUGGAUUGAAGAUCAUGUUUACAUUCCUUAAGGAAAUUAAUGCAAUUGUUUGAUGAUGUGGUUCUCUUGUGUUGAAAUCAUUGUACUAUGUGUUAUAUGUGGCUUGAAAUCUUUUUAUUCUA